UUGGGAGAAGAGGCACGGGCGGUAAAAACGCGUGUAGGUACGUUCUCACCGGGACGGAGUAUCGAAAGGGGAACAGCUUCAAGUGCGGAGGGCAGGAUCUCAACCGAAUCAGAGGAGGUGGUCGAGGCAGCAGGAUCUGAAAAACAAAGAAGAAAGGAGCAAUGUCAAAAAGGGAAAUUUGGACGGAAAGGAAGAGAGGAAGAAAGAGAAGGUUUUCAAAAUAGGGGUUUUACGAAAAAGGUGGUUUUGGGAGAAAUCAGGGGAGGAGAGCAGAGAUUCAAAGAGAAUCUCAGAGGGAGAGAGCGAAAUCUACAACAAUUGAACAGGGAAAAAGCCAACACCCGACAUACGAAUUCAAAACACCCA